AUAUGAUAAAAGAAAGAAUUGUUGAACCUAUUUAAUAAUAAUUGAAUAUAUAAUUAGAAGAAAUUAAAGAAACUCAAUAAUUAUAAGAAAUAUAAUAACCUAUAUUAUAAAAACCAAUUGAUAUUGAAAAAAGAGUUGAAGCUGUCAUCCUUUAAAGUAGUUCUAUUUAUUAUUUAUAGUGGAUGGAGAUGGCAAUAGCAAUUCAAGAUUCAAAUUUACAAAUAGUAAAAAUGUCCCAUAAGAUUAUGAGGCAAUAUAAUAAAUAAAAUAAUAUCUACAAAAAUGA